AUGAACCCUUCUCCCGCGGUAGUUAAGGUGCACGGCAUACGACAUCAUACUAAAUCGAGGAAUGGAUGCAUUGACUGCAAACUCAGACGCUGCAAUGAACAGAAGCCUGCCUGCUCGGCAUGUGCAAGGCGCCAGACGCAUUGUCGUUACGCGCCUCGUUCAAACUGCAGAUCACAGAGCAACGUGUCGUCCGCGAACGGGUUUUAUAUUGAGGAAAUAGAGCAAACGAACACUGUCGAGCAGCAUUUCCGAGGGGGAGAGCCGAUGCUGUGCGAUCUUCGCCCGCGAUAUACGAAUCAUGAGAUGGAUCAUUUGCGCCUCCUACACCACUACUCCAACUUCACCGUCGAAUCAUCCGCCGCCACGUUCCAGCUCGAGGGUCGUGCCUGUCGGUCCUUGCGGCUAGAUAUUCCCCAGCUAGCUUUCCAGAACCACUUCCUUCUGGACGCCAUCUUCUCGGUCGCCCUACUGCACCUAUCAAGCACUGACGAGUCGACGAAAGACGGCUUGCCGCAACUGGCCCUGUACCGAGGUCAGGCCUUCCGUCGGUUGCGUAUACAACUCAUGCGCAGCUCGCAGGUCUCAAUAGUAGAGAGACCGGAUGCGACAUCGAUUCUACUGGCCGUCACGGCCCUCGCCGCGGAUAAAUUUUCCGGGGACAAGGGGAUCUGGUUAACAAACUACCUGGCCUUGAGCAGAGGUCCACGAACGAUUUUACCAUGGAGAAGGACGACGCUGAGCGUCCCCUCCAGCGCUGGGCGAGGGAGAGGAGACAAGAGAACGAGCGACAAGGAUGCGGACUUCAGUCACGCCUGUCCCGUGACCGUUGUGCCCGAUCUUGAGCUAGUUCAAAUGGGCAUCUACGAAAACGAUGAGGACUGGGGCCAUAUCGAUGACCUGCGGCGUGCAGUCAAGGGCAUUAAGAGGCUAUUUGGCGCGCUCUUCUGUCCAGAGUGCGAUGUCUUAUACCGCGUGUCCGAUGACGCAAGACAGCCCUGUAUCGCUUACAAAGUCCGAACAUGGCCCUUUGCGUUUGUUAUGUUUGGAUUCGUUGACAUGGCCCGCAAGGAGCGGUCACGGGCUCUCGUCACGUGGUUUUACCGAGACGUCGCCCCGGCAGACAUGGAUAAGCUAACCGAAGCCGUCGGCCCCUCAUGGCAGAGUUGUUUAGCGGCCCCCAAAGUUGCUGUGCUGGUGAAAGACUUGGAUUUGCUCACGCCCUUCUUGUCUGAGCUCGCGACUCGUCAGGGCACGGGCGGUGAACCUUAUCAUGAGGGGUUUUUCGAUGGCAUAGAAUGA